GUACAGAGACUGUGGAAGAGCUAAAAGAGAGGAGGAUCCUCUCAUAUGCUAGUUUAAAGACAUGUUUGGCACCUACGCUGUCUGUAUUACUUAAACAUAACUGAACCUGUCAGACUAUAUAUCGACGUUUUAUGCUGCUUGGGAUUAGACGGAUAAAUUGGGUAUUUCGCUGUUCUUGAGCAACAACCUAAAAGGCAAAUGAGUGGAGCAGCAUUUCCCUCUCCAACUGUUGAGAUGGCGGAGAUCAACCGCAUUCAAUAUGAGCUGGACUACACGGAGGGGAUCAGCCAGAGGAUGCGCAUCCCAGAGAUGCUCAAAGUGGCUCCUCAUUCCCAUGAGGACCCCAUUGCUGGAUCGCAGGAAUACCAACAUAGUGUCAUAAUGGAAGUCCCAGAGAGAAUUGUGAUAUCCGGAAACUCCGCUGAACACCAGUUUUCCCGACCUAGAGACUUGGAUCUUAUUCAGUCAACGCCACUAGAAGCUCUGUCACUGAAGACUCCACCCAGAGUCCUAACCCUAAAUGAGCGGCCACUGGAUUUCAUGGAGGAGGAGCUAAAGGCACCUCCCGAAAAUGAGGAAUUGUUGCGGCCUCAAGGACGUUUGCGGCGGGAACGCUCGUCCAGUGAGAAUGCAGUCAUCCGUCACAACACUCAGCUGAUCCACAACGAUUCUGCUGCGACCUCACACCCCCCAGCCACUGUCCAACCAUGCCCCCCUCUCUCCAUGGCUGAAGAACACAACCUGUACAGCGCUAGCGGGGUUCUAUCUUUCCUCCAGUCCACUACACGUCGGGCCUACCAGCAGGUCCUGGAGGUAUUGGAUGAGAACCCACGCAGCAAACCGUCUCUACGAGGGGGGUCGGCUUCGAGCUCCAACCCCCUGCACGACUCCAGGCUCGCCCUGGCCACUUAUGAACCCUCUCUGGACGGGACUUCUGACGACAUGACGGUGGUUGACGCCACAACCCUUCGACGUCAGCUCAUCAAGUUAAACCGGCGACUCCAGCAUCUGGAGGAGGAGAGCAAGGAGCGAGCGCGGCGAGAGAUGAUCAUGUACAGCAUUACUGCUGCUUUCUGGCUCAUCAACACGUGGGUGUGGCUGCGACGCUGAAGCUAACCGGUUUCGCUGCCAUCGGAGGAAUGCAAAGAAGGAAUGCCCUAUUCUUUAAUCACUGUGUCAAAUAUUAGCUUCUCGCUGCACUUCGUCCCCGUGUAAGGAGACCGUGGCACUUGUGUGAAGCCCGUCGCGCACAGGGUUGAUAUUCUGGAUUUUGUUUAUUUAAUACAUGUACAGUUUUAUUUUUUUACUCCUACUUCAUCCUGUCUUAUUCUGUUUUCUCAUGUUUUUUCUUUUAAUUCAAAUAUUUUUGCCCAGUGCUGGAUAUAAUUUGUUGUAAAUAUUUGUUCAUGGUUCUCAGAGCUUUGGGACGACUCACUGAUACAGUUCAUCUAAAUUUAUCAAUAUAGAAAGACGGGGAUAGUUGGCCACAUGCUGAAUAUUUAUUGCAGUGAGAAUAAUAUACGACUUGGACAUGGAAAUAUAAUAAACUUAGUAAAAACCAUACACUAAACCAGUGUGUUGUGAUUUAUUCAUGUAAAAAGUUUCAUUUCA